AUGAACGCCUACCACACGUUCCCCAACUGUUUGGAGAUCAAAGAUCCCGCCGGCAACACUGUUCCGGAAUGGAUCCCCACAAAGACUCUGCAGCGACGCACGGCCCUUUCGUAUUCGUGGUCAAUCUACUCGAAAUUUCCCAAGUCACGCCUCUACUCCUUCGCCGAAGCAGCUCUCUCCCCCGCCAAAUACUCCCUUUUCCAAUUCCUCGGCAGCGCCUUCAUUCAAUGGUUUGGUCAUCCCAAUUCUGUUGCACCCUCCACUUCAGCGAAGAUUGGAGCCUUCGGAGGCACUACACUCAUCCUCCUCUACUUCGCGCUUCUCCUCAAACCACGGAGUACGGUCCACGAGGCGGACGAGAGCUUGGACUUCCAUUCGGUCCUUUCUUGCCUUAUCGUGCUGCUCAAGGAGAUGGUGUAUAGCGUUCUUGCUGCGAUCAUUGGUUCGUUAGCCUGCGGGCUGCAGGGGCAGAUGCACUUUCAUGUUGCCGCCGGAUACCUAGGGCCUGUACUCUUCCUCGCCGUAUUGUUCGGGUCUCUGGCUAUCACGAUAGGCGUCGCAUGGAGUGGUGGCAAAUGCAGGUAUUUGUUCAACAAAUAUUAG